AUGGCGGAAAGGAGUGGCGUACGGAAACGAAUUCUUUUCGCCGGAGAUGUUUCUGGUAGCGAAGAAGACGAAGAUUGUCCCAAGUUGGAUGUAAGGUGGGAGAUGGUGGCUUGUGGUAAAACUGAAGAUCAACUUGAGCUUACUGAACAGGCACGUGUGUUAUUGAAUCUUAGUGCACUCAAACCCCGAUCCUUCAAUGUGUAA